CCGCCAUUUUGUUCCCCCUUCGCCAUUUCCUCCCCACAACCCCCCCAACCCCCUCACAAGUUCCUUUUUAUCCCUCACUAUGGCGCUGGUUUCGGCCGAUUCCCGCAUCGCCGAGCUGCUGGGGGAGCUGCACCAGCUCAUUAAGCAGACGCAGGAGGAGCGAUCCCGCAGCGAACACAACCUCGUCAACAUCCAGAAAACGCACGAGCGGAUGCAGACGGAGAACAAGAUCUCCCCUUAUUACCGGACGAAGCUGCGAGGGCUCUACACCACAGCCAAGGCUGACGCCGAGGCUGAGUGCAACAUUCUCCGCAAAGCUCUGGACAAAGUGGCCGAGAUCAAAUCCCUCCUGGAGGAGCGCCGUAUCGCGGCCAAGAUGGCGGGGCUGUACAGCGAGGCCGAACCGCCGCGCAAGACCAUGCGCCGGGGCGUGCUGAUGACGCUGCUGCAGCAGUCGGCCAUGACACUCCCGCUCUGGAUUGGCAAACCCGGAGAGAAGCCGCCCCCUCUGUGCGGCGCCGUGCCGGCCGCCGGCGACUACGUGGCCAAACCCGGGGACAAAGUGGCCGCCAGGGUGAAGGCCUUGGAGGGUGACGAGCAGUGGAUCCUCGCCGAGGUCGUCAGCUACAGCCACGCCGCCAACAAGUACGAAGUGGAUGAUAUUGACGAGGAAGGCAAAGAGCGCCACACGCUGAGCCGCCGCCGCAUCAUUCCGCUGCCGCAGUGGAAAACGAACCCGGAGACGGAUCCCGAAGCCCUUUUCCAGCGGGAGCAGUUGGUGCUGGCGCUGUACCCCCAAACCACCUGCUUCUACCGGGCGCUCAUCCACGCCCCCCCGCAGCGCCCGCAGGACGACUACUCGGUGCUCUUCGAGGACACUUCCUACGCCGACGGGUACUCUCCUCCCCUCAACGUGGCCCAACGCUACGUAGUCGCCUGCCGCGAGACCAAAAAGAAGUAAAAACCCACCCGGAAGUGGCUCCCGGAAGCGGAAGUGGCACCCGGAAGUGGCACCCGGAAGUGACCGGGACACCCAAAAGUGACGUCGGGGAGCCAGAAAGGAGGUUGACAAUGCAGAAAGAGGAUCCGGGAGUGAGGCUGGGCACCCGGAAAUGGGACGGGCACCCGGAAAUGGGACCCGGAAGUGGGGCGAAGGACCCGGAAAUGGGGUUAAGGAGCCUCAACCGGGGUUGCGUCACCUCGGAAUUAGUUU